UGAUUUCUUAAUAAUUUAAAAUAAGAUAUUUUUUUUUGUGACAAAUCUGAUCUAUGAAGAUGUAGUCAAUAAAAUAGUAAAUAGGUAUACAUAGACUAUUGUACAAGACGCAAGUCCGUCGGUCGGCAUAAUGACAUCUGACAAUAUGACUAGGGUUAUGUAUCUGAUUUAAUUGUUUAAAAUAAAAUAUUUAUUAAAUAAAAUGUGAAGAAGUGUUCUAAGAAUGUAUUAGUAUUAAUACUAGUUAUUUUAUUUUUUAACUGUCUAUCACAGAUGUCACAAGUUGUUUUUGAAUGAAGUAGAUAUUUAAAUUAUUGAUAAACUAUAAUUUGUGAAUCAUGUAUUCUCCGCGACAAAAAAUUAUGUGGUUUGCAUUCAGUUCAAGAGUGUUUAUUUUGUUAAUUCAAAUGGUAUCAAAUAUUCUUAUUCCUGACCAUGAUGCAAAGGUUUUCAUCAGUCCUGAAGACCCGGCCUUACGUUCGAGUAAAGCUGAUAAUAUUGUUCAACUAUUUGUAGGAGGUAUGAAAAGAUGGGAUGCGCAGUACUUCAUACAUAUUGCCCAGUAUGGAUACACUUAUGAAAAUUGUUUGGCAUUCUUUCCCAUGUUUCCUUUAAUUGUAAGGUAUGUCGGUUACAUACUAAGUAGUGUUUUGGGAUCUGUAAUAAACUUUCACAGUACUCUGUUAAUAUCUUCCACUAUAAUAAAUAUAUUAAUAUUUAUGAAAUCUGCUGAUAUCUUACAUAAAUUGAGUAUUAGAGUACUUAGAAGUGAAAGUAGGGCAUAUAAAUCUGUAAUACUUUAUUGUGUAAAUCCAGCGAGUAUAUUUUUCUCAGCACCAUAUUCAGAAUCAUUGUUUGCAUUGAUGUCUUUUUAUACUAUGUUUAAAUGCACUGAAAAUGAGACCCUACGUUUCGCUAAUAUAGACAUAUUGAGUGCUCUACCAGCUGGGUUCUCUAUGAUAACUCGAUCGAAUGGUGUUAUUAAUUUAGGAUUUAUUUUCUAUGCUAGUUUUAAGAAUGUGAUAGAAAGGACAUUACCAGAAAUUGCGUACAAAUAUAGAACUUUGAAACAUAGGAUAAUAAUUCCAGUUUUAUUGCUACCAAUUUUUACAUCUACUGUGGCACUUUUCUUAACUGUGAUAGUAGCAAUUUUCCCAUUUGUUUUAGUACAAACUUACAAUUAUUUUAAGUUUUGUGUUCCCAAUGAUCACAAUCUACCUGAAUUUUUAACUAUUACAGAAUAUUUACUUCCUGGGACUGCAGCAAGUCCUUGGUGUAAUAAUUCAUUGCCACUUUCAUACUCAUACAUACAAAGACAUUAUUGGGGUGUAGGUCCAUUUGAAUACUAUAAGCUAAAACAAAUUCCAAAUUUUAUGCUCGCUUUACCAAUUCUGGUCUUAAUACUUUAUAACUGCUUAUCUUAUUUAAAAAACAACAUGAGACUACUUUUAAGACUUGGUUUGAAAGAAAAUAUAUUCAAUUUUAUAUAUUCCAGUAAAAUGGGCAACAGGCAAAAGCAAUAUUCCAAAACAUUUGGGGCCAAUGAUCCUGUUUUCUUUGUAUAUGUAGUACAUGUGCUAUUUUUGUCGUUCUUUUGUUUAGUGUUUGUCCACAUCCAGGUGACAACUAGGCUUCUGGCUUCUGCCAGUCCAGUUUUGUAUUGGAUUUGUUCAAGCAAGAUUAAUGUCGGUCCUACACCAACAUCAGACCAAAAUACUAUAAAUGAACAUUUCCGUCGUUUGGGUAUCGGUAAGAGGAUACCGUCGCACCAUUUAUCAAUAGCAAAUUUGGAGGGUGUUGAUAAUAUGUAUAGCAAGUGGAAAACUUUCAUUGUGUCUAGAAAGAUGCCAGAUUUCCAAUCCCAGUUCAUCCAAUGUUAUUUUCUCGGUUAUCUUGUUAUUGGGACUGUAUUGUUUUCCAAUUUCUAUCCCUGGACUUGAUAAAAUAUUUCAACUGUUACUUAUCAAAUUGUUUCAAAUAUUUCAGGAUAGAUAAUACAUAUCACUUAACUAUAUCAUACCAAACCUAGCACAAUUUUGAACCAUUGACAUAUCAUACCACAACAUACUUUUUAAACUAAGUCCAGGGCCAAUGUGUUCUUAAUUUUAGCGUUAUAAAUUAAUAAAGCCUUUUAUAAAUAAUCAUCGCAUGGGGCCUUUUGGGAACUAGUCCAUUAUAUAUUUUAAAAAUUAGAAUUAAUUGCUAGAUAGAAUUGUAGGUAGUGAGAAAAUAAGCUUUACUAUUUGAAGUUAAAUUUGAUCAUAGUGACAAAGUUAUUUCUAGUCAUAUUUAUAUCACAAAAUUGUAAUUGCAUUUAAAUUUAUUUUAAGAAUCGAACCACGUAGUUUAGUAUGAACCAAGUAAUAUGGUGGUGAGAGUGAAGAAUUGGAUUUUUCUGAUGUUAAUGUAAGUGAAUACAGUUUACAAUUAGUAUACAUAGGAAAAAUAUUAUUAUUAGAAUUUUUCGAAAUAUAAAUAUGAGAAAUGUGUGGCUUGGUUUUAAUAGAGCUUAAAUUUUUCAUCUAUAAAGUUGUCGUUUUAGUGUCAACACGCUUGUUUGUUGAUCUGUUAAUAAAACAUUUAAAUGGUGUAUUUGUCAACAUAUUUUCUUAUUUGUAUGGUUGUGAAUACUUCUUCUUAAAUAGACUCACAAUCACAAAAUAUAGUAUUUUAAAUAAUAGCUUCCAAUGAAUUUCUGCAAUAAAGUUUUUAAUAUUA